GCGGAGCGUGGUACUACGACCAGCGCCGGCCGGAGGGGGCGGGGGGAUGCGCCGCGGCGGCGGCGGCGGCGGUGGCGGCGGCGGAGGCGCGGGCGCUGGGGCUGGUGUUUGGCGGCGCCAGAGCAGCGGAUCCCGGUCUUGCCGCAGCAGCAGCGCGGGUGUUGUGCACCGCCUGAAGACGCCGUACCUUUCUACCCCCCACCUUUUUUUUUUUUUUUAAAUAACCGGAACCAAUGAACGCAGCCGGGAUCAGAGCUCCGGAGGCCGCCGGUGCCGACGGGACCAGGCUGGUGCCCGGCGGGAGUCCGCGACUGAGGCGGCGGGGGCGGCCGGAGGAGUCGCCGGCGGCGGUGGCGGCGCUUCGGGGAGCAGGCGAGCGGCAAGCGGCCGGGGCGCAGCUGCGCUUUCACCCGGCUCCUCCUCGGCGCCCUCAUCCCGCCUCGACUCCCGGCCCAGCCUGGGGUUGGCUGCGGCGGCGGCGCUGGGCUGCGUUGCUGGUGCUCGGGCUGCUGGUAGCCGGAGCGGCGGACGGAUGCGAGCUUGUCCCCCGGCACCUCCGCGGGCGGCGGGCGACUGGCUCUUCCACAACUGCCGCCUCUUCUCCCGCCGCGGCGGCCGGCGAUAGCCCAGCGCUCUCGACAGAUCCUUGCAUGUCACUGAGUCCACCAUGCUUUACAGAAGAAGACAGAUUUAGUCUGGAAGCUCUUCAAACAAUACAUAAACAAAUGGAUGAUGACAAAGAUGGUGGAAUUGAAGUAGAGGAAAGUGAUGAAUUCAUCAGAGAAGAUAUGAAAUAUAAAGAUGCUACUAAUAAACACAGCCAUCUGCACAGAGAAGAUAAACAUAUAACAAUUGAGGAUUUAUGGAAACGAUGGAAAACAUCAGAAGUUCAUAAUUGGACCCUUGAAGACACUCUUCAGUGGUUGAUAGAGUUUGUUGAACUACCCCAAUAUGAGAAGAAUUUUAGAGACAACAAUGUCAAAGGAACAACACUUCCCAGGAUAGCAGUGCACGAACCUUCAUUUAUGAUCUCCCAGUUGAAAAUCAGUGACCGGAGUCACAGACAAAAACUUCAGCUCAAGGCACUGGAUGUAGUUUUGUUUGGACCUCUAACACGCCCACCUCAUAACUGGAUGAAAGAUUUUAUCCUCACAGUUUCUAUAGUAAUUGGUGUUGGAGGGUGCUGGUUUGCUUAUACGCAGAAUAAGACAUCAAAAGAACAUGUUGCAAAAAUGAUGAAAGAUUUAGAGAGCCUACAAACUGCAGAGCAAAGUCUAAUGGACUUACAAGAGAGGCUUGAAAAGGCACAGGAAGAAAACAGAAAUGUUGCUGUAGAAAAGCAAAAUUUAGAGCGCAAAAUGAUGGAUGAAAUCAAUUACGCAAAGGAGGAGGCUUGUCGGCUGAGAGAGCUAAGGGAGGGAGCUGAAUGUGAAUUGAGUAGACGUCAGUAUGCAGAACAGGAAUUGGAACAGGUUCGCAUGGCUCUGAAAAAGGCCGAAAAAGAAUUUGAACUGAGAAGCAGCUGGUCUGUUCCAGAUGCACUUCAGAAAUGGCUUCAGUUAACACAUGAAGUUGAAGUGCAGUACUACAAUAUUAAAAGACAAAACGCUGAAAUGCAGCUAGCUAUUGCUAAAGAUGAGGUUGCUGCUUCAUAUCUGAUUCAGGCAGAAAAAAUUAAAAAGAAGAGAAGCACAGUCUUUGGGACUCUGCACGUUGCACACAGCUCCUCCCUAGAUGAGGUAGACCACAAAAUUCUGGAAGCAAAGAAAGCUCUCUCUGAGUUGACAACUUGUUUACGAGAACGACUUUUUCGCUGGCAACAAAUUGAGAAGAUCUGUGGCUUUCAGAUAGCCCAUAACUCAGGACUCCCCAGCCUGACCUCUUCCCUUUAUUCUGAUCACAGCUGGGUGGUGAUGCCCAGAGUCUCCAUUCCACCCUAUCCAAUUGCUGGAGGAGUUGAUGACUUAGAUGAAGACACACCCCCAAUAGUGUCACAAUUUCCUGGGACCAUGGCUAAACCUCCUGGAUCAUUAGCCAGAAGCAGCAGCCUGUGCCGCUCGCGCCGCAGCAUCGUGCCGUCCUCGCCUCAGCCUCAGCGAGCUCAGCUUGCUCCACAUGCCCCCCACCCGUCACACCCCCGGCACCCUCACCACCCCCAGCACACGCCACACUCCUUGCCUUCCCCUGAUCCAGAUAUCCUCUCAGUGUCAAGUUGCCCUGCGCUUUAUCGAAAUGAAGAGGAGGAAGAGGCCAUUUACUUCUCUGCUGAAAAGCAAUGGGAAGUGCCAGACACAGCUUCAGAAUGUGACUCCUUAAAUUCUUCCAUUGGAAGGAAACAGUCUCCUCCUUUAAGCCUCGAGAUAUACCAAACAUUAUCUCCUCGAAAGAUAUCAAGAGAUGAGGUGUCCCUAGAGGACUCCUCCCGAGGGGAUUCGCCUGUAACUGUGGAUGUGUCUUGGGGUUCUCCCGACUGUGUAGGUCUGACAGAAACUAAGAGUAUGAUCUUCAGUCCUGCAAGCAAAGUGUACAAUGGAAUUUUGGAGAAAUCCUGUAGCAUGAACCAGCUUUCCAGUGGCAUCCCGGUGCCUAAACCUCGCCACACAUCGUGUUCCUCAGCUGGCAAUGACAGUAAACCAGUUCAGGAAGCCCCAAGUGUUGCCAGAAUAAGCAGCAUCCCACAUGACCUUUGUCAUAAUGGAGAGAAAAGCAAAAAGUCAUCAAAAAUCAAAAGCCUUUUUAAGAAGAAAUCUAAGUGAACUGGCUGACUUGAUGGAAUCCCAUUCAAAUGACAGGAGGCGUUCUUCCCUUUGAAAAUUGCAAAAGGAAUGAGAACCUUGCAAUUGGAUGAAUAGAAAAGGGAAAAGUUGCCGGAGCACGGAGUGAAGAUGGGAGGAGCUGCCAGCAAGGCCCACUGCUGCUCAUGGGUUAGAAGGGAGCUCUGGAGCAGAACCAGCUGGGGGCCGGCACUGCUGCUUAGAGUGGAGGAGGCUGGCCAAAGGGACUGUGGGCCGUUUUCAGUCAGGGAGCGCGUGCAUUGUUUGUGCUCAAUUUCAGACAUUCAUUUAUAAACAAAUUCAACCAAGGGAUAUUUACUGCUUUAUGUUGCUUAUGAUAAUUAUUUUGCAUUAAUGGAGUAUACACAUUUGUAAAUUCAACAGGAAAUAAUUGAGUUUUGGAAAGCUACAGUAAUUUCUGUGUUACAUCAUUUAUAUGUGAAAAGUUGGGCAUUUCUAUAAGUUUUUUAAAUUAUCCAUUUGUUACUUUAACAUUUUAAAAUUACGGUGUUUUCCUGAUUUUAAAAGUAAUAUUUUCCUUACUGUAAAACAAAACAAAACAAAAAAGAUCAGUGAUAGAAAAGUAUAAAGAAGAAAAUAGAAAGCAGGUCAAAUACUACUACCCCAAAUAAUCACUUUUAAUAUUUUAGUAUGCUUUCUGCUAGAUCUUUUUCUACAUAUUGAUGUAUAUUUUACAUAAUUGAAGUCAUACUGUAUAUUCAAUUUUAUAUCAUGCUUUUUCACUUAAUAUAAGCAUUAUCCCAACAUCAUUAAAAAACUCUUCAUGAGCAACAUUUUAAUGACUGUAUACUAAUAUGCUAUUGUAUGGAUUUACCAUAAUCUUUUGAAGUAUUCUGACAUUAAACAUUUGGCUGUUUCUAAAUUUCCGAUAUGUGGAGUAAGAGCAUUUCACAUUUAUUGAGCACUCUGUAUGCCAGGCACUGUUCUACACUUCUAUAUUAUCAUUUAAUGUUUACACCAACUCUGUCAAGUAGGUUAUUUUUAUUAUUAUUACCAUUUUACUGAUGAAACUAAGCCCAAAAAGUCAACUUGCUGAUGGUCAUAUAGCUAGUGAUAGAGCCAUGUUCUUAAUUUCUAAGUCAUACUGCGUAAAGUCUGAUCAACACUUUGGUUUCCUAGGGCAUAUAGUUUUAGAAGUUUACAGAAAAAUAUAAGAUUUUUAGUUUAAAUUUUAAUAUAUAUGUACAUAGGUAUGUAUAUUAUACACAUGUAGUCUCACAUGCCUUGGACGUAGCUGGUUCUAAGGUUUCUUAUUCAUAUAACCAUGUUGAUAACCACCCUCCAUUCAGUGUUUGAAUAUAUAUGAGUGCCCUUUGACUUCACACUACCUUUUCUCAAUUACCAUUAUGGUUAAAACUUUGUUAAUUUAAUAGGCUAAUAAUGUCCAAUAAGAUUGGAAAGUUUUUUCAUAUUUUCUUAGCCUUGUGUAUUUUUUAUUUUAGUGAAUUGUUUUUGUGCCCAUUAAGUUCUUGGGGUCCUACUGUUUUUCUAAAUCUUUUGCACAGUUAGCUAGUCUUUCAAAUGUAGCUAUUCUUAUAUUCUUCAUUUACUAACUAAUCAGUGAUUUCAAAAAAUGAUACAUGUAUUUUUCUUACCGAUUUUAGAAGUAAAUGAAAGAAAACCUA